AUGGAAGUAUCGCCAGGAUCCACCACCAUAUCAGGUCGUCCGCGGAGACGGGCCGUUGAAGCAUGCACCUUUUGCCGGAAGCGCAAGAUCAAGUGCAACAACGAGCAGCCGACGUGUGCCAAUUGCAGGACGUACGCGAAGGACUGUGUCUACGAGCCGCUUACCGAAACGAAUACCUCCGCUCAGCCUCGGACAUCCACUCGGCGCCGUCAGCGGCCCAUGCCUGCUGGUCAAUGGUGCAGCUCCCCCUUCCGCUCCGAGCCGCGCAACCCGGAUGUGCGCCGCGUCGAUGAUGCUAGCACGUCCACCCCAAUGCUGCUGAUCACGAUGUGGUUGCUGCACGUCGUGAACAUUCCCAGCACGGCACAGAUACCAGCCCAACAACCACUCCUCGGACUGGCGUAUCUCGCAUUGUGGUGUCGGCCAAUGGUGUCUCAAGUUAUCAUGGACGCACAAGUGCCCUGCCAGCUUGAGGAUUUCAAUUACCAAUCCGGUGCACUCGAUUUCGAUGGCGUAGAUUCCGUCCUUGGGAUGCAUCUUCUUUCUCUUCACUGGAAUCGACAACACCAUUCCUUCCUCAUCACGUAUCGGCCUGCUUUCAUGCGUGAUAUGGCUUGUGGUGGUCCAUACUUUGCGAAGCUGCUCCUAAACGCUAUCUACUUCGGCGCCUCCAAAUUUAGCCCUCGGCAUGAUGUUCGCAAAGAUCUUAACGACGUCCGCACAGCUGGAUGGGAGUUCCGCGAACGGGUUCGAGAACUGCUGGGCAGCGCGUUGAAUCGCAGUGACGUAACCACAAUCCAGGCUCUUCUCGUCAUGACGAACUCUCUAUUCGUACUCGGAGACGAGCGAAGUGCCGCCUGGCUAUAUGCUGGUCUCGCAUUCCGAAUGAUCAUUGAUCUUGGAAUGCAUGUUGAUGUCCCAGAUCUUGGCCGCAAAUUUUCUGACGAAGACCUUGAGAUUCGAAGGCGCGUGUUCUGGGGCGCUUUCGUCGUCGAUAAGAUACAAAGCUUGUACCAGGGUCGGCCCGUCACCAUCAAGGAGUCAGAUACUCUUGUGCCCAUCAAGUUCCUCGACACUUAUGAAGAAUUUGAGCAUUGGAGGCCCUUCGCAUAUUCCAGUCAGUCGAAUGACUAUCCUGGCUCGCCGGCAUACAGCGCCUCAACCUUCACAUCGCUGUGUCGAUUAUCGGUUGCCAUGAGCGAUAUCCUAGGUUGCAUUUACACGGAGAGAAGUUUCAGCCAGGCCGCGACCGAGCUGUCCAAGAUGCUAGAGACACUGAAUGCCAAGCUGAGUGCUUGGAAGGAAUCGCUGCCUACACAUCUCAUAUUCGACCCGAACAAAUCUUCUUGCAUACCUCCACCGCACGUGUUGAGCUUGCACGCCAUGUACCAUGUCCUCACCAUUCUGCUCCACCGACCGUUCGUGGCAGAUGGUCACCUCUACACCACAUCACGCUCUGUGUCGGUCAACUCAUUCAUUACGUGCGCAUCUGCUGCCGAUAGCAUCGUCGCACUGCUGAGAGCAUACGACCGGGCAUUUACUGUGCGACGUGCGCCUUAUCUGGUUUCCUAUGCUACUUAUGUUGCUGCAACCAUCCAUGCGCGCAUCGCCGCCAACGGACCUGCAGACAUGUUUGGCUGUAUUUCGAGAGAAUUCAGAGACAAGCUGGGCAGUGAGGAAAGCAAAUGCAAUAGUACAAAGCUUGAUGAAGAGGCUGGGUGUCAGUGUGGCUGAAGGAAACAUAGGUUCCGAUGUUCACUGCCAAAACGCGCCAAGAUCUACGGCUCAACCUUCAAGUAACAAUGGUACUGGAAAUACCGACAUCACCACAGCACCCGAACACGCAGAACAGGCUGAGAUUGCAGUGCCUGACAACAUUUCACCCAGUGCGGGGUGGUCCGAUAUCGAUGGCAUCAUCCAAAGCUUUGUCAAGGGCCAGGACGGGCUUGCCGCAGCGAGCGAAUAUCAAGCCGACCUGCGCCAUACGGACAACUUCAUGCCAGCACAAACUGCACCGAUCCCACCGGGCGGUUUUUACCUUAACAGCGAAGUUAUAAGACCUCUUGAUGAUCGGAACUUGAGCGACAACACAGUCACAACCUGGUCCACGGAUAUCCACGCGCCGGGUGGGACAGCCUCGAUUGAUGACCUGCUCUUCGGGUUAACGGAUCAGCCCUUGACAGUUUCCCGUUCUGAGGAUCGCCACAAGACCGCAAAAUCCCUCGGUAGCGGAGAGUCCCAGUUUGAGCUGUCAAAAAGACGAAUCGAUGGCAAG